AUGACAUUGAUAGAUGUCCCAGUUUAUUUACAUUCUUCAUUAAAAGAUCGUCCGAGAUCUGGACGCCCACUCGAACCUGAUAUUGAACGAUUAAAAGUCCUGAUCGAAGACAAUCCACGAUUAACCACCCGUGAAUUGCCAUCAAUGCUCGGGUGCAACCAAUCCACCAUCGAUCGUCAUUUGCAUGAAAUGGGAAAAGUUAAUAAACUUGGAACAUGGGUUCCACAUCAACUAACCUCGGACAACAUACAGCAGAGAAUCACCAUAUGCAAUUCUUUGUUGUCACAACGCAACCGAUAUCGAUUUCUUCAGCAGAUAGUCACUGGUGAUGAAAAAAAACAACAAUCAUUACAUGCAUCGAAGCGAUAUAUAUGGUAUAUUUUAGUUGGUUGUGAUACAUACAUCAAUCCACCAUAUUUUCUCAAACAGCUGGAGCCUUAUGAUUUUAUGCAGCCAUAUUUUAUUGGAGGUUCUUUUGCUGAAGAAUUAUGUUAUCAUAAAAACAAAACUACUUACAGAAGUCAAUUUAUAGGGGGAAACUCGGCACAUGUUUUCAGUACCGCAUUGGUUGAAACUUUAUAUUCUCAUUUAUCACCUUUUGUGGAAACGGUUUGGCCUCAACCAAAUCAUUCAUCCGCUGCAAUGUCUGACAUUGCCCUGUCAUGUCUUAUCAUUAGUUUGGGAUACAAGAUGACUAUACUAUCUAGCUUCAUGAGACGUUCAUCUAAAGGAAUUAUCGAAGAAUUUGGUCUAAAAAAUGCUCUACGAGUUCGAGAGCCGAGUAGUUGGCAUUAUAUCCAUCCAUUACAAAUGAUUGACUUGGACGAGUUUUAUGCGUAUCAUGAUGUCGAUCGAUUGAUGAACGAUCAAAAAUGGAUGGAAUUAGUCGAUUUUAUUCGUCUUUUGAUUGGCACUCACUAUGAAACAUUACGGAAGCAUCAACCAUUAGACUCUCACAAACUUGUAAGACAUUAUAAAUGA